AUGGCUGCUACACUGAGUGGCACAUAUUCCGCCACUCCAGACACGCCGUCUCCCAUCUACCCUGAUCGUCUUAUUCGACCUCUUCCGAAGCGCCCAUUACGCUCUCGUCUUUCCUCAGAGGCUGCCGAGUCAAUUCUGUUCCCGCCCGCUCCGCCGGUGUCACAGUUGUUUCACGGCUCCUACUCCGAUCAUCAUGAGAGACAAGAUAGUAAAUAUCUGAUGCGACAGCACUCCGUUGAUCCAUACAGCCAUGAUCAUAGUCCUGACCGAGAUCAUCGCCAUCCCUACGAGAAUGGCGUCUCAGAAGUGGAGAGUGGAGACGAAAGUGGUUCGGUUGUUGUCCGCCGUAGCGGUGGUUUCCGCGGAUCGUCAUUACCUCCUUCUACCCCGUACACGAAUGGCCAGACACAUGAUACGUUGCAAACAAAAUCUUCACCAGUCGGACUGGAUGGCUACGAUGCGUUUGAAAACACCAAUAAUAAGAAGAAACGCAAGAUUCCAACUUCAGGAACCCUGAGUAGUCAUCACUCUAACCUGACCACGGAUCUUGCGAACAUGGGAUUAUCUGGAUCAACCCCUGGGUCCCCUGGUGGAAUUGGUGACAGCGGAACUGGCACAUAUUACGGCUCUGGUAGUCCUGCUGCAUCGAAUGCAGGAAGUGGGAUUUCUGGGCCCGGACGUGGUCGUUAUGGUCGUCACGCACCUCGUGUUUCUAGCGGCCGUAACGCCGUCCCAGUGCAUCCUCAAGGCACCUGGUUUGGUGGACGACCCGGCGGUACUCGUCGGGAUUCAACACCGUCGUCACACAUUGGAACAGGUGAAAUCGGAGCCAAACCAGAUCAAGGCAUAAUAUCAACGGCAAUAGCAAAUGCGGCAGCGCUGUCUCCGUCUCCAAGAGGGCCAAAUAAUGUCAGCCUUCUUGAUCAGCAAGCGAAUAGGUCGUCCCCAACAAAGACACAAUUCACAUUCACGUGCGAAUCGGAUAGCUCAAAGAGCAUUGCUAUGCAUUCCACGAAUCCAUAUCCCAUGUCUCAUCCACGGAUGCCGAACUCGACUCUUCACGGACCGCCUAAUUCGCGAGAUUUUGCAGCCCAGGGAACGCAGACGAGUCCGAACAUGGGUGCAAUAGGUGGACAGCAAUUGCCGCCUACCCCUGCUGCGGGGACACCAGCAACCAACCCCGGUCAGAGACCUAAACGGUCUCGUGAUAGUAUAUAUGCAUUGGCUGCUCGCCGUCGGAAAAUUCAACAACACUAUUCAAACAUUCAUAAUCCGCCUAAUCCCGAAGAGUUCUGGAUGUGCGAAUUUUGCGAGUACGAAGCCAUUUUCGGAGAACCUCCCAGAGCAUUAAUUCGACAAUACGAAAUCAAGGACCGAAAAGAACGACGUCGAUUAGCUGAGAAGCGACGAUUGUUGGAAAAGGCAAAGAUGAAAGGUCGAAAAGGCAAAAAGGCUACGAAGAACGCAGCUAAACAAGCUGGCACUCAGCAGCCUGCACAGCACAAUCACACCCCUGAGCACGCACCGAUGGACCCGCCUCCUCCGGAUGAUUAUCUUGGAGAAUAUGACGACGCACCUCCGAUGCCUACAUCAGCUCCUCCUUUACCUCAAAACACGGCUAAUCAUGGCCCUGUCAGCAUACCGAAUGCAGGCCAUUCCCCUCCUAUUGGAGGGUCAGCUCAGAUUAAGGGUGGAAUAGGGGACGGUGCAACGAAUCGACCAGUCUAG